AUGGCGGCGGAGGGGGUUAUAAUGCAGGCCAAGGUGGCCAGACUUCUGAGCCGGAGGUUUGGGAAGCCGAUUCUGGUCCCCAAAAAGCCGCUGGAGCUCACGGAUAGGGUGUCCAACCGGAAGGCGAAGAUAGCAGAGGCAUCCUGUCUAAGUGAGAUGGCAGUAUUGAUGGCAUGCUGGAAAGAAAAUACUUUCAGUGACAAAAUCUGUUCUAAUGAAAUCAAUAUUUUUUACAAGUGUGUGGCACAAGCACAGGCUGAUCGAAAUGCGGGUUCGCAUGAAGAAGUUCCAGCAGGCCUGCUUCCAGCAGAUAAAGUAAACAAAUUGCUAAAGAAGUAUCCAAAUCGCAAACAUGAGAUCUAG